UCUUUCAUUUCGGAUAAAUGCGGUAAGUGCCAAAAGCAGAGGACAGAAAAUCACUGGCGUUUAUUCUGUUAGUAAUAUAGGUCAAGGGAUCUGAAGCUUUGAAACAGGAGGACGCGCUGCUGAAAAGCGCACAGACCGCAGAAAGUGUAAUGCUGAGAAGCGAGGACAAUGCAAAGGCCGAGCACAGGAAGAGGGACGCUGCACAUCAAACAGAGCAACCUCUGAGGAAUUUAGGUCUCCAGGAUGACGGAGAUGUACAGACCAUGCUGCAAGGCUCCACUAUGUUAAAGCUGCGUUCCCCUCGCUGGCAGAGGAAACGCAUGCUAAAGCUGCAGGAUGAUGGCAUCACAGUGCGUUGUGAAUCCAAUGGUACCUUCAGCAAGACCAAAACCUUUUCCAUAAUGGAAGUAGAGUGUGUGCGUGAGGGCUGUCAGUCAGAGACCCUGCGAAGAAUGGCUAAUUCUGUCCCAGAGAAGCAGUGUCUGACCAUCGUCUUUAAGGGAGGGAGGAAGAGUUUAGAUUUGCAGUGUCAAAGUGCAGAGGAGGCACAACACUGGGCUCGGGGGAUCUGCACCCUGCAGGACCGAAUCAACAACAUGAGUCAUACUGAGAAACUUGACCACUGGAUACAUGGCUACCUGAGGCAGGCAGAUUUAAACCAGGAUGGGAAGAUGACUUAUGAAGAAGUGCAGAGGCUUCUCCAGAUGAUCAACAUAGACCUCGAUGAGCAAUACGCCCUCAGAUUGUACAAGAAAUGUGACCGGUCAGCGGAUGAUCGUCUGGACCACAGUGAGAUCGAGCUGUUUUGUCGUGAGCUGUUGCGUCGACCCGAGUUAGAUGCAGUGUUUCGGGAAUACUCCUCAAAUGGCCGUGUGCUGUCCACUGUGGACCUGCGUGAAUUUCUAAAAGACCAGGGAGAAGACAACACUCUCGUCCAUGCGCAGAGUCUCAUCCUUACUUAUGAACUUAAUGAGUGGGCUCGAAAAAACCAGCUCAUGACAGCCAAUGGGUUCACCAUGUACAUGCUGUCAAAGGAAAAUGUUGUGUUCAAUCCCGAGCAUGGCAGAGUGUAUCAGGAUAUGAGCCAUCCGCUUAGUCACUAUUUCAUCUCUGCUUCCCACAACACCUACCUUACCAAAGAUCAGGUCAUGAGCGAGAGCAGUGCCGAGCCGUAUAUACGAGCUCUUAGCAACGGCUGCCGCUGUGUUGAGCUCGAUUGUUGGGAUGGAGAUAGAGAACCAGUAAUUUAUCAUGGCCACACCCUUACUUCCAAAGUGCCCUUCAGGGAGGUGGUGGAGGCCAUCGCUGAGUAUGCAUUUAAGGCUUCUCCAUACCCUCUGAUACUGUCUCUGGAGAAUCACUGCUCAGUGGAACAGCAGGCAGUCAUGGCCCAGCAGCUACACACUAUCCUAGGGGAUAAACUACUCACUAAACCUCUUAACAGUCACCAGUAUGACAGCCUUCCCUCUCCAGAGGAGCUGAAAGGGAAAAUCUUGGUGAAGGGAAAGAAGGGGCGAGUGGAGCAGGAGAGCUCCAGUUCAUCUGAGUCCAGCUGCGAAGAAGACGAGAGUAAAGCAGAGGGCAAAGUCAAAGCAAAGAAAGAGAGCAAGAAGUGUACAUGUGAUUCUUCUCCAGAAGUGUCCAAGCUGAGUCCAGCGCUCUCAGACCUGGUAGUGUACACCUGCAGUGUUCCUUUUAAAGGUUUUGAUCAGGCAGCCAAGAGACCUCCUAUUGAGAUUUCCUCCUUCUCUGAAAGCAAAGCUCUCAAACAUAUCAAAAAUUCAGGGAAGAACUUUGUUCGGCAUAAUAGCCGGCAGCUGAGCAGGAUCUACCCGUCUGGUCAGCGCCUGCAGUCCUCCAACUACAACCCACAGGACAUGUGGAAUGCCGGCUGCCAGAUUGUGGCACUAAACUUCCAGACACCUGGGGAGCAGAUGGAUUUAAAUCAGGGGCGUUUCUUACCCAAUGGACACUGCGGAUAUGUACUAAAGCCCAGCUUCCUGUGCCAGCCUGACUCCGAGUUCAAUCCUGAAAACACUGGGGGAGGGCCAGGACACAACCCUACACUCCUCAUCAUAAAGGUCAUCUCAGCACAGCAGCUGCCUAAACCAGACACAGAGAAACUCAACUCUAUUGUAGACCCUCUGGUCUGGGUGGAGACUCACGGGGCUCCCAUAGAUAACAACAAGAAAAAGACACACCGCAUUGACAAUAACGGUUUUAACCCCAGGUGGGACUGCACUUUUAAGUUUCUGUUGCAUGUGCCACAGCUGGUCCUUGUUCGUUUUGUAGUGGAGGAUCAUGACUACACAGCACGAAAUGAAUUCCUCGGCCAGUUCACUCUACCAUUCACCAGCAUGCGCACAGGUUACAGACAUGUGCGGCUUCUCAGAUCAGACAGUUCGAGCCUCUCUCCUGCCAGCCUUUUCAUACACGUCAAGGUCACACCCAAUUACAGCAGCCCCAAGCACGUUGUCUCAACCAAAGCCUAGCUAAACACAGGGAAUAUAAUGUGGUGCCUGGACUACCAACUGAGCUACAACAGUUUAUAUUGAUGUACAUUAGUAAUGACCUAAUUUAUAUUCUGUAUGUGUAUUAUUGUUUAAUCUUUAAAUAGAGACUCACUGAAAGCAAUCCGAAUUAUUUAUAGAGACCAAAUAUUAGAAGCUAAAGAGUACAUUCACUGCAGAAUAUAAAUUAGGUUUGUCUUAAUAAAGCCAGAUGUUUUUGAGGUCCUAACGUUGUCCCAGAGCUUACACAGUAUGCAUCGACGAAGGAAAUUAAAACAGGUCAAGAUAUUGAUGUUAAUAUACGUAUGUUUUUAGAAUGACAAAGCAAUACAAUAUCUUUUUUGCCAUGUAACGUGUCAAAUGUGGCAGUAUCGAUCAAGAGCCUUUGGGCUUCUUGUCUAUGCAACUUGUGAAUUGUGCUCAUGGAUUGAAAAUGCAGCCUGUUUUUCUUCUUGAUUGUAGGGAGAGAGGUACAGUAUGCAUGCUAGCAAUUUGACAAUGAAAACAGUGAAACUGAAUGAAAGAAAAAAUACAAAGACUCCAAAAUUAACCAUCCACCACACACUUUUCAGUGCUGAUAUGAAUUUAUUGUAUUUUGUAUAUUUUAAGGUAAAACAAAACUGCUGUUGAGGCAGGAAAAAUAAUGGAAUUUUGAUAUGAUGGAGAUGAUCUUCAUCAUUCACUAAUAUUCCUCUCUGUUUCUCAUAUUUAUAUAAGUUGAAUCAUUGUUAAUAGAAAGUAUACACUUCUUUUGUUUAUAACAGAACCAUGUAUAUGCUUUGUGUAUAUUUUAAAUGAGUGAACUUGUAUUUUAAAAAAUCUAAAUGGCUUUUACAAACCUGACAAUCAUUGCUAAAGUAAGUUAGACAAAAUAAUAGUCUACAUGCAUGUGUGUUGUUUUAGCUCUAUAACCACAACCUCAUAAUAAUUUCAUGUUUUAUUUUAGUGGUCAGGCUCUGUUAACUCAUGCAUAUACACCAGCAUGUGUUGUGGAUAGCAUAGUUAAUAUUUGUCACACAAUUAAUCUCUCUCUCUCUCUCUCUCUCUCUCUCUCUCUCUCUCUCUCUCUCAAAUUUUAUAUAACAAUUUCAGUGCUUUAAUGCCUUGUCUGGCAGAUGUGUUGGAAUUAAGCACUUCAUUCUUUAGUUAUCAUUUGCUUGUUAAAGCAAAUAGAAUUUGAAACCCUCAGUGUUAUUUUGGGAAAAUGUAACAGUAAUUGUGAAAAACUGGAAAAGUCCCUUUUGCGCUGUUCAGAAGCCAUACAGUUACCUUUGUGAGAUAUGUGUUAAAGCUAUGAUAUUGUCAUGUACUUUAAUGCCAAAGUAUUUGGAUCUCUAGAUAUACAAAUAAACACUUUUUUGUUAUAAAGUA